UUGAGGAAGGACAUCUAGACUUUUCCAGACUUCUUAAUUUCAUCUAAGAAAACGCACAGCAUUUUUUUUCUCACUACAAAGUUUUAUUGUGGCCUCUAUGUGCUACUGUUGAACUUUGGAUGCGCCCGGGGGCUCGUCCAGGGCGCCUAAACGUGCCUGUUUCCAGUCCCUCUACUGAUGCCCCCCUUUCCGUCUGACUCGCCGUGAAUCAUGUCACGCCGGAAACAGAAGCGUCCCCAGCAUCUCGUUAACGCGGAUCCGGGGGGCCCAAAACUACUUGCUCACGAUGACCACCUGGGCUUAAAGUCACCCUCUACAUCUCUUGGCUCCGAACUAACCUCAUCCGGAUCAUCUUCCUCAUCUCCCACCUCCAUUCAGGACUGCCAGCCACCGCUGGCCCCACGCCCGUCCCCUGGUGGGCUCCACGCGCCAUCUUUGCCCAGCGAGAGUUCACCUCCUCCCCAUUGGCCCAACAACAUUGCACCCUUCACCACAUCUCUGCCCAACACGCACUCCUCCCUCUCCCCUGACUUCCCACACCCCUCUCUGUCCUCCCAAACCCACUCGCCACCUGCUUUGGGCCAAACCUCUAGUUGCAAUCAAGGAAACUCCCAUUCAUCCAUGACGUCUCCACCAAUGGCCAACUCCGCUAUGACCACAACUUCUUCCUCUUCCUUAUCCUCUAAUUGUGUGCCAUCCCACCGUGACAGCACAAGUCCUGGACCGCUGCAAGCAUCCGACUCUCCAGGGCAGGACCAACUCCAAGUGCCCCCAACUUUGGCAGUGCUUUUGGAGGAGCUGCGAGUUUUACAACAGCGCCAAAUUCACCAGAUGCAGAUAACAGAGGAGAUAUGUAGGCAUGUUUUAAGGCUUGGAGGGGCUGUUUUUGGUCAGCAAAAUGGCACACAAGUUAAUGGUUCAGACAGUACCCAGAAAUCUUCAAGUGAAGCCUCUGCAUCACCAACUCAUCCCUCAACGGCCACUCCUAUAACUACAACAUCCUCUCUUUUAACUGGGCUACCAUCCUCUCUAUUUCCUCAACCGCCUACAUCCAAGCCAAGCAGUGCCAAUGGAACUAGAGCUUCAUCAUCUUCUACCUCAUCCACUAUUAGCUCCUCUGUUGCCUCCUUACACCCGCUGUCCUUGUCUUUAGGCCUGCCACCACAAUACCUUCAUGAAAAAUCACCCAACUCUUUGGCAUUUGGUCAUAGUAAUGGCAUAAGUUUUCGAACACCUGUCCCCACUACUAGCAAUUCGCAGGAACACCAACCCAGCUCCUCAUUGGGCUCUGGGUCAUCAUCCGGGCGCCCCCAGCAUGUGUGCCGCUUCUGUGGGAAAGUGUUAAGUAGCGAUUCCUCUCUUCAAAUCCACCUGAGAUCACAUACAGGAGAGAGGCCCUACCAGUGUCCAGUUUGCUUGAGCCGUUUCACAACCAGGGGAAACCUCAAAGCCCAUUUCCUGCGCCACAGAGAGCAGAAUCCAGAAUUAUCCCUCUCUCUGUUGCCGCCGGCCCUGUCUGAGCAGACACCAAGUGGCUCAGCUACUGGCAGCGUUCACAGGAGGCGGAAGCGGAGGGCUGAGGAUGAUGAGGCUUAUAAUGGAGUUAAAGGCAGUAUUCCUGGGAUGACAGAGAACAUGGCCUUGGGGUUCCUGUCAGGAGGAACAUCACGGCCCUCGCCCUCCUCCCUACCAUUGCCACCUUCAGUUGACAUGGCGCUACUCUCCACGGCGCAUUCGCUUUUACAGUUGAAUCGAGCCUCAGUAGCAGCUAGCGGUUCGACCACUGCCCUGCCAUCGUCCUCUUCAUCCACAUCCUCUUCGCCAUCAGCAAGGAGUGCAAAACAGCAGCGAUUUGAUGAAAACACCCCCCCACACACCAGCCUCCAGUCCCCAUACUCCCAGCUGGCCCAGCUUCCUAAAAUCCUCUUCCCUGGUGGGACCUCUCCUCACCACCUUGCACUUCUUCGACCACCAGGCCACCUGGCUGGGCCCCACCAACUGCCCUUCCCAUUCCCACCUUUCCCUAAGCCAUCAACCUCCUCCUCUGGUUCUCCUACUACCUCUAACCAAACCUCCGACACCUCCAAGUUGCAACGUCUGGUUCAGAAACUAGAGAAGCAACCACAGGGGGGCUCCUCUUCAUCUUCCCCCUCCACUUCCUCACAAACAGCUGAAGCCAAUGGUGAUGUGAACGGCCAGGACCUAUCCACAAGUGCGUAUCGGAGAGAGAUGUUAGCGGCUCUUGGUCUUAGCCCGAGUGUAAAUGCCACUAGUCAGGGAGGCUUGAGCAGUGCACCUUCUCUGCCCACCGCACCCUCUCCUAACCAGUGCGGAGUCUGCCUGCGUGUCCUCAGCUGUCCCAGAGCCUUGCGUUUACAUCAAGCCACGCAUUUAGGAGAACGGCCAUUUCCCUGUAAGCUCUGUGGUCGUUCCUUCUCCACCAAGGGCAGCCUGAGAGCUCAUCUUGCCACUCACCGUGCCCGUCCACCAAACGCACGUGCUCUUAACUCCUGCCCCCUAUGCCCACGCAAGUUCACAAAUGCUUUGGUCCUUCAGCACCACAUCCGCUUGCACCUUGGAGGUCAAAUCCCACCUGAUGAAGAGGUGCCACUUGAAGAUAGCUUAGAAACAGAGAACAUUGGUUUAGUUGAUAGUGUGAAUGACAUGUCAUCUAAAGACCAGGUUCUUCCUCUGGCAUUAACUAAAGGACCACGAUCUCCAGCUACCUCAGGGUCUAAACAGGCUGCUGAUCUAACAUCAAUGAAGGAAUGUGAAGGUUCAGUUGUAAGUGUUAGCUCACCUCUGACCCAAAACCCCUCCUCAGCAGGAGACGAGGAACCCCCAGUGGAUAUUGGCCCUAAUAACUUUUCUCCAUACUCUGAAAAGGAGGCAAAUGGUGACUUAAGCAGCACUGGCUCAAUGACUGCACCUUCAACAAGCGCUAAUACAGCCAUUGACAAUGGAGAAGAUGCUCCUCUGUCCUUAUGUGUUUCCAAAUCUACUAUCGACAGAGAAAAGAUUCUCAAAGAAGUUAGUAAUGAUGAAGCCAGCUCAGCAAAAGAGCCCACCAAUAAUACAUCACUCACCCCUCCUGCUAGUCCCAGUAACAUUCCAGAAUCUGAAGAAAAGGUAGAGAAAGGUUCAUCCACAAAUGGGAUCAAAGCGGAGGAUCAAAAAGCACAAGAGGACAGUCAAACAGAGGAGGGGAGUAGCAAUGUGGCCCCUCCACCAACACAGACGGCCCGCCAGGACAAGCCCUACAGCUGCUCCCAGUGUGGCAAAGCUUAUGCCAGCAGAAGCGGGCUAAAGGGGCACAUGAAAAGCCACCCUGGAGUCUCCCUGAGCACCCCUACUAAGGUUCAGCCUCAUGAAACUGAGGAGGAGCCCAAUGCAGACAUAGUCAAACCUGGGACCCGGCCUGAUGAAAAACAGGUAGAGGCUGAAACUCCUAAAGGUGACAACAUUAACUCUGUCCCAGCUACAGUGAGCUCAAAUGGGACUGAAGAGCCCAUGGACAGAACUGUGUAAAAAAGCAAGCAUAAUUGAAUGCUGGAGUCCUAAUGUAUCCUGACAAGGGAAUGUAUGUUAAAACACUAGAAUGAUAUUCAUUUUUAGGUUUAUUCAUUUGUAAUAUGUGUUUAUCUUUGAUAUUAGCUGG